AUGCGAGAGUUGAAUUUGUCAAAAGAAGUAAAAGACGAAGCAUUCUACGCAAAAGGAAAACAAACUAAGCAGAAAGAAACCUCCACAAAAAGAAAAGGCUCGUGUUACUAUUGUAAAAAGCCUGGUAAUUGGGCACGUGUUUGUCGCAAUAAGAAAAAGGCUAAUAGCAAUAGUGAGUCUUUGGUGGCACAACAGACAAAGGAUCAAGAUUUUCAAAAAGGUUCUGGAAGUGCGGCUGAAUUUUUCAACGCCGAAACUUCAUUGGCUCAAGUGAAUGAAGACAUAUGGUUUGCUGAUUCAGGUGCAACUGAGCAUAUGUCGUUCAGAAAAGAGUGGUUCAAAAAUUUGAAGGGAUUUUCAAAUAAUGAAUAUUCUGUUUUAGUGGAAGAUGGUAAUUCUCUCUGUGUGAAAGGAAAAGGUGACAUUGAGGUGGAAGUGCAAAAUGACUGUGGAAAUCUCACAAAACACAAAAUUGGAGAUAUUUUGUACGUGCCACAUAUCAAGAAAAAUUUACUUUCAAUAGGGCGUUCAUCGGAAAAAGGUAUGGAAAUCAUUUUCAAAGAAGGAGGUCAAAACGUUUCUUUUUAUAAAAAUAAUCGACUGAUAGUUGAUGCAACGAGACACAAUAAAAGACUUUACAGAAUGAAUUUUAAGCCAGUGGGAGUAGCUGAGACACAUUUUGUAGAAACAAAAACCUUUGUAAAAUGGAAUGAGAGACUAGGUCACGUCAAUUUUAAAACUUUCCUAUUACUGACAGAUUAUUUUUCAAGGUACUGUUUUGUCUAUUUUCUUAAAGAGAAAAAUGAAGUUCUAAAGUGUUUGAAGGAAUUUUAUUCUGACGUUCAAGCUGAUGGACACUAUGUAAAAAGGUUGAGAACUGAUUUUGGAAUGGAAUUCUGCAUUGCACCUGCUAAAGAAUUUUUAUUAUCUAAGGGAAUUGAGCACGAAACAACUACUCCAAGGGCACCGAAACAGAAUGGAUUUAUUGAAAGAUAA